GUGAGGCAGCAAGGAGGGUGGCUUGUCAUCAGUCCGAGCCUUCGCAUACCGUCAACAUGUUGACUAAGGUGUUUGUUGCAGUCGCCCUGGUAGCUAUGGCUGGAGCUGCCCCCACCGAUGUAUAUGGUCAUCAGGAAGACUACAAAUCUCAGCCGAUACCAUACCAAUUCGGCUAUGGUGUUCACGACGACUAUUCUGGCAACGAUUUCGGACAAACAGAGACAUCUGAUGGCCACACUGUCAAGGGAUCGUACUCCGUCAAACUGCCUGACGGUCGCAAACAAAUCGUGAACUACAUCGCUGAUCACAUCGGUGGAUACAGGGCAGAAGUGACCUAUCAGGGCAAGGCACAUCACCCUAGUCAUGCAGUACAUGCCGCACCAUCUUACCACUCCGAACCAGCUUACCACUCCGAACCAACUUACCACUCCGCACCAUCUUACCACUGAGGCUCACAAAAACAAUGUUAAUAAAACCUGCAGAAAGAACAAA